AUGGCUCCCAGAACUUCAUGUUUACCUAAUCCAGACAGCUAUCAGGGCCCAAAACGUUAUGAUGGUGCGCUGGAAAUUGGUAAGGGAAUAUCUGAACUUUCCACCAAACGCUUCGGAGAGUGGAACGACAUGAAUUUGCGUUGGAACUCAAGCGAAUAUGGUGGCGUGAGAGAUCUCCGAAUUCCUCCACACAGACUGUGGAAGCCCGACGUGCUCAUGUACAACAGUGCGGACGAAGGCUUCGAUGGCACCUACGCGACCAACGUUGUGGUAAGGAAUAAUGGCUCGUGUCUUUAUGUGCCGCCCGGUAUUUUCAAAUCCACCUGUAAAAUCGACAUCACAUGGUUUCCAUUCGAUGAUCAACGCUGUGAGAUGAAAUUCGGUUCAUGGACAUAUGAUGGCUUUCAGCUGGACUUGCAGCUGCAAGACGAGGCCGGUGGUGACAUUUCAAGUUUCAUAACGAACGGCGAAUGGGAUCUGCUAGGCGUGCCCGGUAAACGAAAUGAAAUCUACUAUAAUUGCUGCCCAGAACCUUAUAUUGACAUAACGUUCGCCAUUUUAAUACGACGGAAAACUUUGUACUAUUUUUUUAACCUAAUUGUGCCGUGCGUACUGAUAGCCUCAAUGGCACUGCUAGGCUUCACACUGCCCCCCGAUUCUGGUGAGAAGCUCUCGCUAGGAGUUACAAUUCUACUAUCGCUAACUGUCUUCCUCAACAUGGUGGCCGAAACGAUGCCAGCGACCUCAGAUGCAGUGCCGCUCCUAGGUAAGUUGGAGGGUGUUCAAAUAAGAG